UCGGAAACACACCCGUCACGAUCAAGGCAGUGAAUAGACAAGAUAAAACCAAGAAGCUAUUCCUGGGACAUAUCUCUGAGUUCCAUUAUGUGAGCCUGAAUGAACUAGGACAAAUUUGCAGGGAUUGUCACUUGGAGUUGUCGGUGUGCCAAUGCGUGGACAACAUUAAUGCAAGUGACACAAGAUCAUCCCCACCUGGUUAUGGCAGUGAAGAGGACACAGUUCCAGAAAGUAACAAUAUUCAUCUACCAGAAACUAUGCAAAUUUCAAAGGCAUUCUUUCAGAAAGAGGAGGACAAUCUUGCCACAUAUCUGCGGAAUCUGAUUCAGGGAAUCUUCAGUGGCGACAGAGGUGGGAGAGGAGAGAGGCACACAAUGUUUCUGCAAAGAUAUCCGUAUCAGGACGUGAAGGCAGGCUUUGCAGCAAGUUACAUACCAGUAGAGCUCUAUGGACACCUCCUGAAGUGGCUUGAAACCAACUUUACACGUCGUAUCCCAAAAGACAAAAGCUGCCCCUACACCAGCUCAAUGACCACUGUCUUGGAUGUGCACAAUGUGGACGACAAACUCAAAGAACUGACUCUGCAGUACAUGUGUGCAACAUACAUUUUUUAUGUAGCAGUGAAAGAGGCGUGCUUGUACCUCACUGAGAAAUCCACAAAACUCAACUACAUGGAUGUCAAUAGAGAGUGCUCUGAAAUGGAGUCUUAGAGAGAGAGAGAGAGAGAGAGAGGGAGAGAGACAGAAAGAGUAUCUACAAAGUGUUGUACAGCAUGGUUUAAAUCUACUGAAGUACGAUUUUCUCAGUUUACUGUAACUUAAAAAAUUAAAUUUACUUUAAAUUCA